CUCAGGGUAGAAAUACACUGAAAACUGAGCAUUUCCAGUAGCGGCCAACACCGCUCUGUAAAAUCUCCAACUGCAGUGGGGACCAGGGGCGGACUGACAACUCAUGGGGCCCCCGGGCAAUAGGGGAUCAUGGGGCCCCUGUAUCCUUGCCCAAACUCAAAAAAAAAAAAGGUACCAGCCUAUGAAAAAGGUACCAGGGGCAUCUCAUGGGGCCCCCUACUGACCCCGGGCCCUCGGGCAGUGCCCGAGUUUCCAAAUGGUCAGUCCACCCCUGGU